AUGACGCAGCCUGGCGGUGAAUCCAACGUCUCUCUAGGCCCUUUCACGGUCUACAACCACAAGACGGGCAUCUACGCAUCUCGGCUGCCACCGCCAAAAGUCCCACUGACAUCUGUCUAUGACUUUUGCCUGGGUAACGUCAGCUUCGAUGAUGCCGGCGCAGCCAUCACCAUUUGCUCGACGGGUCAGACCAUUUCUUACGGUCAGCUCAAGCUGCGUUCGCAGCAGUUUGGUCUCGGCCUCCUCACAAAGGCCAAACUCAAACCCGGUGACACCAUCCUCGUAGCUCUUCACUCGUCCAUCGACUUUGCCGUCUGCGUCAUGGCAGCGCAAUUUGCUGGUCUUCAAGUAGCGCUCGCAAACCCAGACUACGCUCGCAGGGAGCUCAAGCACGUAUACAAUCUCGUCAAACCGAAAAAGGUCAUCAUCCACAGCACCCACCUCGGUCGCGCGGCUGCCGCCAGCAUCAAGACCUUCACCGUCGUGCUUACCGAUACCAAGCUAGGUCGCGGUGGUGUGCUUUCCAUCGGCGAACUGCUCGCAGACGAGGCAUCGGCCAAAGCGGCAAAGUCUUACAUGCCUGGCGACCUCAACACCACCGCCUACCUCCCAUCUUCAUCCGGCACAACAGGUCUGCCCAAAGCGGUCCAGAUAUCGCACAAGAAUCUCGUCUCCAUGCUGUCCAUGAACCUCAACAUUCCCGGAUACAUACCUGACGCGCUCAGCGGCGAGCAGCUCCGAGUGCUUACUUUCCUUCCCUUCUUCCACGCGAUUGGUCUCGUCGGUCAGCUGCAUCUCGUGCUCAAGACGCGAGGCCAACUCUUCAUCCUCCGACCCUUUACACCAGACUCGCUGUGCAAGGCAGUUCCCGAGCACAAGAUCAACAUGAUCGGCAUGGUCCCUCCUGCGCUCACCAAGUUGAUGAAGCAUCCGGGACUUAGUCGAGACACCUUUGCUACCGUCAAAAACGUUCGCUGUGGAGGCGCACCACUGGAUGCUGAGACCGAAGCCAAGUUUUUGCAGCUCACGGGCGUGGAAGUCAAGCAAGGUUGGGGCAUGACCGAGCUCACUGUGGCCGGUCUGGAUGCUUCUAGUGGACAGCAGACCCCCGGUUCGGUGGGAUGCUUGAUCCCUGGGACGCUGGCAAAAGUGGUCGAUGUAUCGACGAGAGAACCUGUUGAGCCAGGUCAACGUGGAGAGCUGCUGAUCAAGGGCGAUCAGGUCUUUCGUGGCUAUGUUUCUAACCCAGAAGAGACAAAGGCAUCGUUCACCGAGGACGGCUUCUUCCGCACUGGCGAUAUCGUCACGGUCGAUCCUCGCACUGGCGAAUUUAGCAUCGUCGACCGGCUCAAGGAACUCAUCAAGUACCAAGGAUACCAGGUCGCCCCCGCUGAUCUCGAAGGCGUUCUCAUCAGCCACCCCAAGAUCGCAGCUGCGGCAGUCGUCGGUCGCUACGACAAAGAGAAUGGCACCGAGCUGCCCUGUGCCUUUGUGGAGCUCAGUGUGGAUGCACAGCAACAGCAGCAUUUGUCAAAGCACGCUUUGGCCGAGGAGAUCGACCAGUUCGUUCGAUCCAAAGUCUCACACCACAAGUUCUUGCGCGGCGGCAUUUAUUUCGUCGACAAGGUACCCGUCGGUGCUAGUGGCAAGAUCCUGAGGAAGGACGUCAGAGCUAUGCUGAAGUCUCUUGAGCAAGGACAGCAUGUCUCUCUGCCACGUUCCAAUUUGUAG